GGGAGGGACGGUGGCCCGCCCCCGGGGUCGCCUCUGCUCGGCCGGCGCACCGCCCCGCUUUAACUAGCUGCUCUCGGCGCGUCCCCGCUGCCUCGCCUCCUGCAGCGUCUCCCUAGGUCUCCUCCAAACGACCACCUCACGGAUUCCUUAUGGAUCGCAGCUCCAAGAGGAGGCAGGUGAAGCCUUUGGCAGCUUCUCUUCUGGAAGCUCUCGAUUAUGAUAGUUCAGAUGACAGUGAUUUUAAAGUUGGAGAUGCUUCAGAUUCUGAAGGGAGUGGUCAUGGGAGUGAAGACCCUUCAAAGGACAGUGGAGAAGGCUCCUGUAGUGAUUCUGAGGAAAACAAUUUAGAAGAAGAACUGAGUGAAGAUAUUCAAAUAAGAGAAGAACAGCUUAAACAUUCUACAGAGGAAGAAGUAGUGCCAUCAGAUAAACAGUUAAUUAAAAUGGAAAAGAAGGAAGAGGAAGAAAAUGGAGAAAGACCUAGAAAGAAAAAGGAGAAAGAAAAGGAAAAAGAGAAAGAAAAGGAAAGAGAAAAGGCGGCAGUAUCUGAUAGUGCAGCUGCUUCUGCCGCCGCCACCAGAGCCACAAGUCCUGCUGUCACUUCCCCUUCUGUCCCUGCCACCACCACCACCACCACCACCACCACCGACGAGCAAGUCAGUGAGCCCAAGAAAUGGAAUCUUCGUCGAAACCGACCCCUUUUGGACUUUGUAUCCAUGGAAGAGCUGAACGAUAUGGACGAUUACGACAGCGAGGAUGACAAUGAUUGGAGGCCUACUGUAGUGAAGAGAAAGGGGAGGUCGGCUUCUCAGAAGGAGGGCAGUGAUGGAGACAAUGAGGAUGAUGAAGAUGAGGGAAGUGGGAGCGAUGAAGAUGAGAACGACGAGGGCCAUGACGAAGACCAUAGCAGCCCCGCUAGCGACGCGGGCUGCAAGAAGAAGAAGAGUAAAGUUCUUAGCAGAAACAGUGCUGAUGAUGAGGAACUGACCAAUGAUAGCCUGACCCUAUCUCAGAGCAAGAGUAAUGAGGACUCGCUGAUUCUUGAGAAGAGUCAAAACUGGAGUUCCCAAAAAAUGGACCACAUUCUGAUUUGCUGUGUUUGUCUUGGAGAUAACAGUGAAGACGCAGAUGAAAUAAUUCAGUGUGACAAUUGUGGCAUUACUGUUCAUGAAGGAUGUUACGGAGUUGAUGGGGAGAGUGACUCUAUUAUGAGCUCGGCUUCUGAAAACUCCACUGAGCCUUGGUUUUGUGAUGCCUGUAAAUGUGGUGUUUCUCCUAGCUGUGAGCUAUGUCCUAACCAGGAUGGAAUUUUCAAGGAAACUGAUGCUGGAAGAUGGGUUCACAUUGUUUGUGCCCUAUAUGUUCCUGGAGUAGCCUUUGGAGAUAUUGAUAAGUUACGACCAGUAACACUAACAGAAAUGAACUAUUCUAAAUAUGGUGCCAAGGAGUGUAGCUUUUGUGAAGACACUCGCUUUGCUAGAACUGGAGUUUGCAUUAGCUGUGAUGCAGGGAUGUGCAGAGCCUAUUUUCAUGUUACCUGUGCGCAGAAAGAAGGCCUGCUUUCCGAGGCGGCAGCAGAAGAGGAUAUAGCAGAUCCAUUUUUUGCUUAUUGUAAGCAACAUGCAGAUAGGUUAGACAGAAAGUGGAAAAGAAAAAACUACUUGGCUCUACAAUCCUAUUGUAAAAUGUCUUUGCAAGAGAGAGAAAAACAACUGUCCCCUGAAGCACAGGCAAGGAUCAAUGCCCGACUACAGCAGUAUCGUGCCAAGGCAGAGUUGGCUCGAUCUACCAGACCGCAAGCCUGGGUUCCAAGGGAAAAGUUACCCAGGCCACUCACGAGUAGUGCUUCGGCCAUUCGUAAACUGAUGCGAAAAGCAGAGCUGAUGGGGAUCAGUACAGAUAUCUUCCCAGUGGACAAUUCAGAUACCAGUUCUAGUGUGGACGGAAGGAGGAAACACAAGCAGCCAGCUCUCACUGCUGAUUUUGUGAAUUACUAUUUUGAGAGAAAUAUGCGCAUGAUUCAAAUUCAGGAAAAUAUGGCUGAACAAAAGAAUAUAAAGGAUAAAUUAGAAAAUGAGCAAGAAAAGCUUCAUGUAGAAUAUAAUAAGCUCUGUGAAUCUUUAGAAGAACUGCAAAAUCUGAACGGGAAACUUCGAAGUGAAGGGCAAGGUAUAUGGGCCUUACUUGGCCGAAUUACAGGGCAGAAGUUGAAUGUACCAGCCAUCUUACGAGCACCCAAGGAGAGAAAACCAAGUAAGAAAGAAGGAGGCACACACAAGACAUCUGCUCUCCCUACAGUACUUUAUAGUUGUGGAAUUUGUAAGAAGAACCAUGAUCAGCACCUUCUUUUACUGUGUGACACCUGUAAGCUGCAUUACCACCUUGGGUGCCUUGAUCCUCCCCUUACACGGAUGCCAAGAAAGACCAAAAACAGUUACUGGCAGUGCUCAGAGUGUGACCAGGCAGGGAGCAGUGACAUGGAAGCAGACAUGGCCAUGGAAACCUUGCCAGACGGAACCAAACGAUCAAGGAGACAGAUUAAGGAGCCAGUGAAAUUUGUUCCACAGGACGUGCCUCCAGAACCCAAGAAGAUCCCUAUAAGAAACACGAGAACCAGAGGACGAAAGCGAAGCUUUGUUCCAGAGGAAGAAAAACAUGAGGAAAGAGUUCCUAGAGAAAGAAGGCAGAGGCAGUCUGUGUUGCAAAAGAAGCCCAAGGCUGAAGACCUAAGAACUGAAUGUGCAACCUGCAAAGGGACUGGAGAUAAUGAGAAUCUCGUCAGAUACCCUUCAUGAGACCCAACUCUGCCACAGCUCAUCCUCGGAGGCAAUCCCGGAAACCUCUUUUAUAAGUGUGAUUUAAAAAAUGUGGAUAAAACUCUCAAUAGAGCAUAUAACUAAAGGAGAACAGCUAUCUUGUCCUUCCCAUAAGCUUAUCACUGCAAAAAAGUGCUUUUGCUCGUCAGGUUUGGAUAGAAUGUAAUUGAUUGGUCUGUUAUAUGGCUAGACAAGGCAGUUAAUUGCCUGUGGAUUUUUUUCUAUUUUCUUCUUUCUCCCCUUCUCCUUUUCUUUUCUUUCCUAUUUCUUUUCUUUUCUUUUUUUUUUUGUAACAAUACUCAGAAACAGUUGGUGUACGCAUUAUUAAAAACUACAGUGGGUAAUGUCUUGUCAAAUAUGUUUUAGUGGGUAAAUGUCUUUCCCUCUUGCUUCUUUGGCACACGACGAUACAGUAUUUGGACUCAAUGAAGACUGAAGGAAGCCAGUGGGACUUACAUGCUCUGUGCUUCCCUGUGCUUGAACAAUUAUCUCCGUUAUUUGUUUGUAAAAGGACAAUGCUUGCCACUCAUCUGCAAGUCUGUAUCAACUUAUUUUCUUCAUGUAUUCACACAUGAAAGAAAUUCUGCAAUGAGAACAACUCUAGAUUCAAAUUUAAUAUUAUUCCUAUUUGUGAUAUUCAGCAAAAGUGAAAGACUGGUGAAGAGUACGACUUUCUGCUGUUGAGUAGUACGAAAGCAAUUGCUAUUAGCAUGGACGUUUUAUAACUAGAACUUAAGCUCAAGUAAACGUACUAUACUAUCUGUGUUAGUCUGUAGGUACUCUUCUCAGAAGUUACCACAUUCAUUCCUUAUUGUUUUAUUUGAUACGAACUCUGUGUGCUCCAUAUAGUUUUACUUUUUUGAACUCAAAUGCGAAUCUGUGAAAUGAGGGAGAUACAGAGCUUGUUGACUAUACAACCCGCCUGCUGAGAGAUCUUCACAGCACCUGUGUCUCCCCAGAGGUGUACUGAGCUUACCUUUGACCUUCAUGCUUUACUGGCCCAGUUCUCAGUCAACGGCAGAAAUACUUUGAAUAUUGUACCACUAAAUCUUGAACUGAUUUAGAAGAGACUGCUGAAAUUGAAAUGUACAUACACAUGUAAAUUGUCAAAUUGUCUCUCGGAAUUCCAUUAUUUAUCAUUGUGGGUUUGGAUCUUUCCAGGUUUCGGGGCAUUUGGAAUAGUUUAAACUGUAGGAAUAGAAUAGACAAUGCUAUAGUUAGCCAACGUAUGUGUAAUGUAAAGUCGGUGUCUCUAGUAAUCAGUAGUAAUAGGAACCAUAUCAUUGGAUAAAAUGUUUAUUGCACAUGUAGGAAAUAAUAUAUAAAUAUGCUAUUUAUUUAUUGGCAGAUCUUAUGGCACUGGAAAAAAUGUCCAUAAUCCUUAGGAAAAGCAUUAUGCUUUCUUUAAGUAUAAGGAAGAACCAACUGUCAUUACUUAAUUUAUGGAAAAGUUGAUGAACUCCAGCAAAUUUUAUAAAAAAAAUGACAGUGGCAGAUUAGCAUUUUUCAAAUGAACUGUGCUUUAGCCCAACUGUCUUUUAGUAUAAGGCAAGAAAACAUUAAUGGAUAUUUUUUAACUUAGCGUUUUUUUCUCCCUCUUACAGGUUUCUGGGUUUUUUAUUUUCCUGAAAAAUCAUAGGUAGUGUAGUUGCAAUGACAGUGUUAACCACAAGCCCUUUCACAUUGGUUAAACUGUAAAAUGUCUAAUUAACGUCUUCAUAUUUUAGUUUUCAGUGGUAGAUUUUGCUCUUCCAAGUUUGGUAAACAACCCAUGUUACAUGUUUUUCACAUGUUACAAAUAGAAGUUGCACAGUUCCAACAUGAUAGAUUCUUAAGAGUCUCCAUCUUCUGAAGAGAAUAGAAUGAAAUGUUUUCCUUAGUAAACAGUAGAAAGUUAACUUUUGCCCAUUGCUAUUAAAGUUAAAAUUAUUAUUUAUCUAAGAAAAUAUUUCAAAAUGAUUUAUAUCUCAUAAAUAUGAAUAAAAGGAUGACAGCUCAGGUAUUCGACAGUUAUUUGCUACAGAAUAGGAACUGGAAGAAGCAUUGCAAAAGCAGGAAGGCUCUGGGAGAAUACUUACUUGGUAAAAUGUGUAUAAGCAUGAGGACCAGUACUCAGUGAACAGCCAGGUGUACUGGCUCACUCCCCUAAUCUUAGAGAGUGCUGAGGCAGGAGGUUCUCUGUGGCUUACUGGUCAGCCACUGUGCAGACUGGGCAAGUACCAGGCAAAUGAGAGACCUUAGCUCAAAACACAUAGUUGACAAUUCUGAAGCAGGAAGGCGGACCAGCACACACCACGGGUAUAUAUACACACACAUACACACACACGCACACACCAAUCUACUACACAGUAUUGGGAAGGAAAUUAAAUGCCUCUAAAUACACAACGGAUGAUGUGGUAGUGAUAAAUCAGAAUCACAGAAAGCAUUUGUUGAGACUUUGUUGGCUAUCAUUGUCUCCUUGCCCUUUUGUUCCACCAGAACUUCUGUUCUCUUUGCCUCUCUGAAGUUUUUAAUCCUGUAGUUUUCUGAUAAGAUGCAAAAAUAUGAAUUUGUAACAGGUUCAAAAUAAUGUUGAUUCAACUAGUCAGGGACAUUACUUUGAGAACAAUUAAUGUAGUUAUUUGUUUAAAAUCAUAUAUAAUCAGUAUUGAUUAAUAAUGAGUAUGGAUGUCUUUAAGGGGCUCAGAUUUCUCAAAAUAUUUGUUUCCAGACAGAAGGUUUGUAGAAAAGUAAUUUCUUCCUGAACACAUAAGAUGCAGCUUCCUUCAUUUUUAAAAAUUCAUUUAAAUAUUUAUUUCACAAAUAGAGCAAUACUCUAUGCCCAAAAUAUCAUUGACUUUUUGCUUUUUGUUUUUUCUUAAAAGUUAGGAUUAUGUAGGAUAUGAAAAUAAUAUUUGAGUUAUAAAUUUGGAUAUUUAUGCAUCACUUAUGUAUCAUUGUAGUUGUGUUUCCUUAAUGUUUACCCACUAUUAUAUGUGGCAUAACAAUAGAUGUCUGACAGAAAAUAUUUUUUUGUUGCCCUACUUCCUGGUUUGUACAUCCUAUUUCUUAGUGAAACACUUUCUAAGGUCUCAAAGUUAAAUAAACACACACAUCAUUGAUAUGUUUUACUUAACUCACAGUAUGGAAAUAUUUCACCAAAAUCUGUUUAGGAAUUCAGGACUUUGUAAUAUAUUAGAACAUUAACAGUUUUCAAAAUAUUUUUAGCUUCUGAAAUUAUUUUUGACUAGUGAAAACAUAUGGACUGAUAUUGACAAGAUAUAUGAAGGCAGAAUUUAUCCAUAUAGGCUGAACCAUUGCUUUGUAAAUUUAGAUAACAGUAAGGAUUGUAAAAAAAAAAAAUCAGAGAAUGGUUUUACAAGUGAUUUUUUUUUUAAUUAAAAAAAUGUAGGUUUCUUUCCUGUAGUGAUUACCCUAAGGUGUUGUGUAGACCUGCAUUGAGAUUGACUGCUGUUCAGGUACAUAAGUUGUAAUGAAAUUGAAUAUUCACACUGGGGUGGGUAACUAAAAUGAGGCCAACCCCUAGCCAUUAUCUCAUUUACCUGAUUUACAUCGUAGACUCAGGAUCUACACUAUUGAUUGGAGUAUAAUUAGUUAAUUAUGAACGGGGAAAUACACAAGUUUUGUGGCGCUUGAACACAGCAGGUUAUAAUGCUAAAAUAUUUUCAAGGGCAUUAGCAGAUGUAGAUCAGUUUAUUAAAGAACAAAGCAGACGUGUUUCAGGUAUGGAAAUGUCGAAUCAUUCUCUCAUGCUGUGAAGAGAUACUUGGCCUUAUUGUGUAUUUUCAUAGGAAUUGCCUUGUUUCAUGUUCUGUUUUUAGGUUUUAUUGUUGGUUUUUUAUUUCACUUUUAAAAUUACAAGCUGGCUGUUGGCAGGUAUAGACAAUGAACUGAAUCCACUCUUUAAGUGUUCUUGAAUUGGGCUUUUCCUAAAUAGUGUCAAUUUGUCUAUAGUCACCUGUAAUGAAAAAUUAUAGUCUAUCCUACCACCCCCUCUUUCACUGUUGUCUGUGAGAGAAAUCCCCAGUAGCACUAAUGAAAUAGGUUCACGUGGUCCACAUUGGUUUGAAAUUUGUGAAAUAUUAUUUAAAAUACAUUUUCUAGUCAAUUUGUAUAGAAAAAUGUUUGUGUAGUGGCUUACACUAAAAUUGUUAAAUGUUAUAAAGGAUAAAAUAUUGUAGUUAUAAGUCUUACACUGUUGAUAGAAGAGUUUUGUGACUGUUCAUAUUAUUUAAAAUUUUUAAGGGGCCUCAGUAUAUAUUCAAGCUAUUAAGACAUUUAAUUGAAAGGAUUGGUCACUGUUCACUGAAAUAACCUAUCAUUAUAGUUGCUAAAUUUGAGUUUGAAUUGCUAGUAAGGUUUUAUUUAAGCAGUGUUAAUAUUCAAAACUAAUUGAUAGGAAAGUCAGAACUCCUCACCCCAUCUGUUCUCUUUAUACUCUUAUUUCUAAGUGAAAAAUGUAAUGUUAUGUAGUUUUACAGACAGUUCUUUAUCCAUCAUUGUAUAGACUAGAAAGGAAUGCUGACUUGUUGGGGGAGGUUGCUUGUUCAUUUCCCAGCCGCCCAGACUCCCAAAAUAAUCACACAGAAACUUUAUUAUUUGAAUCACUGCUUGGCCAA